AUGGACACACAGGAUCCAUACGACGACUCAGAGACUCCAUUUAUUCCUACGUUGGGUGCCAAACCACGACCAACUAAAGGAAGAAAACUAUCUCGCAGAACGAUAUGCGCUGCUGUGGCAGGUAUAUCCUUGCUCGGCUUUGGAUUUCUCCUACUCAAACCCUCAAGCUAUCUCGACACACAAGAUGUGCCUUCAUAUUCUGCCGCCUCCAACUCGUCGUCAUAUCUUCAAGGUCCACCUACCCAACGCUUUCGAGACAACCUUCGUAACGACACAAAAUACAUUACAUCGUUUAGUUCAGCGGGAUGGACGAAUGACGUGAUGACCUAUGGCAAUUUAAUCUACCUGGCACUCCUAACAGAGCGUAUUCCAAUAAUUGCGAAAUUCCUCUCUUCUCAUAUCGACUCAAGUGAACCUCCUUUUGCUUUUGGGGAAGUUUUUGACGUCCCUCGGCUUAGCCAAGCCAUAGGCAUUCCCUUACUUGAAUGGCACGAAGUAAAGGACUCGGAAAGUCAGGUUUUCGAUGAUCUUGGUGGUUGGAGCGUCUGGGAAAGCGUUGAAAGAUACAAGGAGGAUCCCCGUCCUCGUGAAAGUCCCAUCAUAGAUCGCCUCAAACUCGAUAUUUCGUGGACGCGAACCCCAGAUUGGGUCAAACUCACGCCUCCUGACGUAAUAGACGACCACGCGUCGUUUUGGUCCCUUGCAACGCUUGCGUUUCCGCUCGCUCGCUCGGAAAGUCUGGGAUUACCGAAUCGUCCUUCUCCUCAGCAUCACGUUUCACUUCCCCCAGACGACCAGCUACUAUGCUUCGAUUUUCUUUACUUCAUAGGCGCCCAACGUCCAUGGGAAUGGGAGAUGGAUUAUUCUCCUGCAUGGAGAUUUGUAGGCCAACACAUGCGAUGGAAUGUAACCAUGGAAAAGCUCGCCGAUGCGCAUGCCCGGCGUGCCAUGAAUGUGCCAGCCGACGAACCAGUACCUCCCUAUAUAUCCGUUCACAUACGGCAUGGUGACUUCCGCGAUCAGUGUCGUGGCCUUCCUUUGGAUCAGUGCUUUGCCUCCUUGUCUAUCAUUGCGCGCAGGGUAUCCGAGGUGCAAGAGGAACUUCACACGCAAAAGGGUAUCGAGGUCACACAUGUUAUCAUGACGAGUGAUGAGUCUGACCCGGAAUGGUGGUCAGAGGUCCGGGCGUUGGGCUGGACGUGGGUAGACUAUGCGACAGAUCGGACGGAGGAAAUCUAUGGAAAAUGGUAUCCGGUGUUCAUCGAUGCUAUUAUUCAGUCGAAUGGAGCGGGCUUUGUUGGCACUCGUGGGUCCACAAUGUCCAAUCUGGCUCUCCGCAGAGUGCAGACGUGGCACAAUGGACCGACUCGGAUCGUCCAAUGGGGGCGGCCGGGCGCUGAUGACCAUUGA